AUGUACGGUUCUACGAAUGAAGGAAACCCUGUUCUUGUACAUGUUCACGGAUUCCUUCCAUACUUUUAUGUUCAUGCGCCGCGUGGAUUUACAAUGUCGGCGUGCCCUGACCUGAGAAACUAUUUGAAUACGACUUUUGGCGGGCAAUGCGUUGCAGAGGUCAGCCUUGAAAGCAAGAAGAAUUUGAUGCAGUAUACUGGUCCCGAGAAUAUCGCAUUUUUGAAGAUCACAGCGUCAGAUCUGCGUUCGCUCCCACGUAUUCGGGGCGCAUUUGAGCGUGGAGAAAUUGCUUUUCGGGAUCUUUUUGUCACAGGCGAGACGUGUGUGUCGUUUGACAACAUUGCAUACACGCUGCGAUUUAUGAUUGAUCACAAUAUUGUAGGCAUGAACUGGAUUGAAAUUCAAGCCAACCAAUAUACACUGCGCUCACCAAAUGAAUGUAUAUCACGAUGCCAGAUUGAACUGGAUUGCAGCCCAAGCGCGAUCCGUUCACAUGCACCACAUGGAGAAUGGCUAAGAAUGGCACCACUAAGGACGCUCAGUUUUGAUAUUGAGUGUGCUGGCCGGAAAGGAGUGUUUCCCGACCCGAACGUGGACCCAGUGAUUCAGAUCGCAAACAUGGUCACGCGGCAUGGCGAGUCGACACCAUUUGUGAAAAACAUCUUUACGUUAGGCACUUGCUCGCACAUUGUCGGGUGUCAUGUCAUGUCAUUCGAAAAUGAAGUCCAGCUGCUCGAAGCAUGGUCCGACUUUGUACAGCGUGUGGACCCAGAUGUGGUGAUUGGAUACAAUAUAUCAAACUUUGACUUCCCAUAUCUGCUAGACCGUGCGAAAGCACUCAAAGUGACGACGUUCCCGUUCCUGGGCCGUGAGAAAAACGCGCGAAGUGAGGCGAAGGAUACGCACUUUUCUUCAAAGGCGUACGGAACGCGAGACUCGAAACAUACGGAGCUCCAGGGGCGCAUUCAGCUGGAUAUGCUACAAGUGAUGCAGCGCGACUACAAACUGCGCAGCUAUUCGCUGAAUUCUGUGUCAUUCGAAUUUCUAAAGGAGCAAAAAGAAGACGUGCAUCACUCGCUUAUUACAGAGCUGCAGAAUUCGGGGCCAGAAGCGCGCCGCCGUCUCGCUGUAUACUGCCUGAAAGAUGCGUAUCUUCCACAAAGGCUCAUGGACAAGCUUAUGUGCUUGAUUAAUUACACAGAAAUGGCGCGUGUCACAGGUGUACCGUUCAACUACCUACUGAGCCGUGGCCAGCAGAUCAAGGUCAUAUCUCAGCUAUUCCGGAAAGCGCGCGAGGACGGAUAUUUGAUUCCCGCAUACAAGGGUGAAGGCGGUGACGAACAAUACGAAGGCGCGACAGUGCUAGAUCCGAAGCAGGGCUACUACGACAAGCCUGUGGCUACGCUAGAUUUUGCAUCCUUGUACCCCUCCAUUAUGAUGGCACACAACCUGUGUUACACGACGCUUGUCGACAAACAUACGAUUGACCGGCUCAAGCUGGUUGAAGACAAGGACUACGUUGUAACGCCAAAUAACAACUACUUUGUGUGCAAGACUGUACGGAAAGGUCUCCUGCCAGAUGUACUCGAAGCUUUGCUUGCAGCGCGGAAAGCGGCCAAAUCGGAUCUCAAGAACGAGACAGACCCGCUUCGUCGAGCUGUGCUUGACGGCCGUCAGCUAGCACUCAAAGUUAGUGCGAACUCUGUGUAUGGCUUUACGGGUGCCACAGUAGGGCGUUUGCCUUGCUUGGAGAUUUCUAUGAGUGUCACGGCUUAUGGACGACAAAUGAUCGAAGAGACAAAGCGCCAAGUGGAGAAACACUACACGGUCAAAAAUGGGUACGAGCAUGAUGCUGUUGUUAUCUACGGUGAUACGGACUCUGUGAUGGUAAAAUUUGGCGUUUCGGAGCUAGAAAAGGCCAUGCAGCUUGGUGCAGAGGCUGCAGAGUUUGUGUCGAAAUCGUUCGUAAAGCCGAUCCGACUCGAGUUCGAGAAGAUCUAUUUCCCUUACCUGUUGAUCAAUAAGAAACGAUACGCAGGUCUGUACUGGACACGGCCUGAACAUUACGAUAAGAUGGACACGAAAGGCAUUGAAACAGUAAGGAGAGAUAACUGUCGAUUGGUACGAACUGUGAUUGAGACAUGCCUGCGCAAGAUGCUCAUUGACCGGGAUGUGCGAGGCGCGGAAGAUUAUACCAAGCAAGUGAUCUCGGAUCUUUUGCAAAACAAAAUUGACAUGUCACAGCUCGUGAUAUCCAAGGCACUUGCAAAGGCUGACUAUGCUGCGAAGCAAGCGCAUGUCGAAUUGGCAGAGCGGAUGCGAAAACGAGACCCAGGCUCAGCGCCGGCACUGGGCGAUCGAGUCGCAUACGUCAUCGUAAAAGGGAGCAAAGGUAGUGCUGCAUACGAAAAAUCAGAGGAUCCCUUGUAUGCACUUGAACACAACAUCCCCAUCGACACACGCUACUAUUUGGACAAUCAGCUGUCGAAGCCGUUACUGCGUAUCUUUGAGCCGAUUCUCGGCGCUCGCGCAAGUAGCCUGCUAAGUGGCGAGCACACGCGGGUGCUGCAGGUGGCGACGUCGAAUGUAGGUGCACUUAUGAAGUUUGCGGUCAAAACGGUUCAAUGCUUAGGAUGCCGCACACCUCUGAAAGAUCAAAAAGCAGCUGUAUGCAUGAAUUGCAAACCACGCGAGACAGAACUGUACUUUGAGAAGGUUCAGCGAGCGUCCGAGGCGGAGGUGGAAUUUAGUCGAUUAUGGACCUGCUGUCAACGGUGCCAAGGCUCCCUGGCACAUGAUGUGCUUUGCUCGAACCAGGAUUGUCCACAUCUUCUUCAAGCCGGAAGCGUGCCCAAAUGGACGCUGAAGAUGCCAACCGAAUUGUACAGCGUUUCGAUUCGACAUGGUAGGUAG